AUGGGCUUCCUAGAGACAGUAACAAACACAACUUCAUCCUUUCUCCCCACCGUUCCGGACCCGUCUCUUCGCCAACCCUUGACGCUCACUGCAGUCGCACCUCUGUUUGCCUGCUACUAUGCCGAAGCCGUCCUAGUGCAGCUUCCACGAACAUUCAUCUGGAAACUAUCCUUACUUCCUAUCAUCAUUGGGUCUGGAUGGCAUGCCGCUACGUGCUAUGAUCUGGCACGUCGGACAGCACUGAUACUAGGAAGAGACCACGAGAGGAUACAGUGCUGGAAUUAUGCUUUCGUGAUAGCGAUGAUGUAUGUUCCUCUGCGAGCGAUCGAAUGGACGUUCGCCUCCAGGCCGUACCGGCGUUUGAAGUCCCCCGAGUCCAAAGCGAGACAUGGGGAAGGUACCGAAGACGCACCACCAAACAUUCGCUCUCUACUCCGAGAUGCAGUCGAACUCACCAUGAAUCAGCGUGGUUAUGGAUGGUCAUGGUCGCGCAAUCCAUUCCCUCAAGGCACCUCGCCCUCCGUCACUGCCCUCUUCCUCUCCAUGCUUCUCAAAGUCUCCAUCUUCGACAUCGCAUACUAUGCCGCCCAAUACUUGUGCUCACAGGCUAAUCAACCCGGCGGCGAUACCAUAUUUGACCCCUCCCUUCCCCCUCUCACUCGCUUCGCAUGCGCCCUAUGUGUCACCCUAUCGGCCGGAAUCGUCACCUACACCGCAGUGGAUACCCUCUAUCUCGGCACCGCCGUUUUCGCGUGUCUCUUCCUCGGAUACUCUACGUCCGAAUGGCCACCCCUCUCGGACCGUCCAUGGUUAUCCACGAGCCUCGCAGACUUUUGGGGAAACAGGUGGCAUCAUUUCUUCCGUCGCAUAUUCACCACGCUCGGCUCUAGGCCUCUUCUUCCCAUCUUUGGCAAACCAGGAGCGGUGAUGGGUGCUUUCACCCUCUCUGCCGUCAUACAUGAUUGGGGUCUGUACGGACUCGGACAGGGCACGGAGUUCAGUACGGUCGGGAUGUUCUUCAUCAUGAUGGGUGUGGGAGUUUUAUUGGAGGGCGCUUACGAGCAGUGGUCGGGGAUGAAGGUGGGAGGGUGGAAAGGAUGGAUGUGGACCACGGUGUGGCUAAUGUUUUGGGCGAUGUGGUUGGUCGAUGGAUGGGCCAGGAAGGGACUGAUCGCAAGUGAUUUUAUUCCGGAGAAUAUCAGAGUGGGAAAGUGGGCAGUGGAGGGGGUGGCCCAACUCGUAGGGAAGCUUACAGCGCUACUAAUGUGA